UAUAAGUAUUGUGUUGAAUGAUAAUAGACAUACAUUUAAAGCACGGUACGGAACAGAGUUUCUACAAUUAUUUCAAGACGAGAAUGUCAAUUACGACAUUGAUACGUGGGACACUCAUCAAUUAUGUGCUGUAACAUUAGUUUUGUUUGAAUCAGGUCUAACUGAUCCAGAAGUUAAAUCUACUCAAUGUAUAUAUGAUCAGAGAAAAGAUAUUGAGAAUUACGUAGAAAGUGCCUUCCUUACAUACAAUACUUACAAGGAGAAACAGCAUUUAUUGCAGGAGCAACUACUCGAGUUGAUAACGAUUAUAGACUGCAAUUCUGGUUAUAAUUGUAAACGUAUGAUGGUUUCAUUUGAAACAAAAGUCUUGCAAUUAAGCGAACCACAGAUAGGCGAACUAACACGGACAAAUGAUUUUAAAACUCAUCUUAAAAUUGCAGUUGAGGUAGAUGCCGUAACAGAGAAUGAUAUUACUGGCGAAGAGAACGAUCUUAAGCUGAAUACAAAUGGCCAAAUGUUCAUUGAAGAACUUCAGAACAAAAGUGUCUACAACAAUGAUUCAGCUGUUUUGACAUGUAAACUCAACCUUCCAACAGAUGAAAUUGUUGAGUGGAGAAAAGAUAACAAGCCGGUUGAAAUUUCAAACAAUUUAAUGGUCAUGCGCAAGAAUGGCAAUCACUGGUUAGCGAUUUCCAGUGCAUCAUUGGAAGAUACGGGUCAAUAUUCGUGUGUAUGUGGCCAUAUUUCAACUACAGCUGAUCUUACUGUUAUAGAUGAGGCAUUAAGUGUGGUCGUUGAUUUGCCUGCCAAAAUUGAGGUUACCGAGAAUGGAAACAUUUAUAUAGAGUGUAAGGUGAACCUUCUUACGAGUAAACCUGUUUGGCGAUACAAAGGGGAAAUUCUACAAUCAUCUGGUAGAAAGGUUAUACAAGCAAAUGGUACUUACCCACAAGUUGAUAAUCAUUAAUGUAACACUACACGA